AUGGUUGGGUUUUCAGCUCCAGACUGCUUCCUGGACCCUGGUCGGGAAGUCUGGAAACAGGUCUUUUCUGCAAGACACGAAGACAUGUGCAAUACGCCUCAACCUCCGCAUCCCGACGGCCACAUAUAUGCAAUCUUCAACAAAUCCAAGUUCAGCCGGCUAGACUCCGUCCGCGGACCUGCGAAACCUAUCGACACUUGGCUCGACCCCAAAUAUAGUAUCGACGACAUAUUUUACGACCGCAUCCGGCCUGCGCUUGUGCUAGCGACACGGUUCAUAGAGAUGACGUCGGAAUUCUUCAACAUCCUCUUCUUCGGAGAAUUUGUGUAUGGGGACGAGAUAAUAAGAUAUAAUCGUCAUGAGCAAUUUGAGCUUGGAUCCCAAAGGUUCCCAGCUAUGAUGAAUGACCUCUACAAUAUGCAGUUCUUCACUGGCUAUCACGAGGAUAGCCGCAAGGACUCGUAUGGAACGACUCACUACGGGACAUACCCAAACGAUUCCACGCCACAAAUGGCAACCAUCGUUGUGCAGCUCAACACGAAAUUCACAACAUUCUUUACCCACUACCACUAUGACAUAUUUACAGAUGAGGUCAAGAACAUGAUGAAACUCAUUCUAGCCAUCACGCUGGUGCACGAACUGGUCCAUGUAUGGUACAAUUUCCGGAGAAUGGAAAUGGCUCGACUUGGAGACCUUCCUCUGUGCCUCGCCAUGAAGAAGGAGCCGUAUUUCUUCGGAUACGAGAGGUCACCCGAGUUGGGCUUCUCUUGGGAACACUUUGCGUUCAGGGGCAUGCCCCAAUUGAACUGUUUGGGUGACGGGCCUUAUGCACGGGCGAAGGGUCUCAUCUUGAUGCCUUUGCUGCAAGGCAGUGACCUGAACGGCGAGGUUGCUGUGGACUCGGCGGUUGUGCGCGCCCUUCUCGACAAACAUUGCUGGGAUAUGUACGAAAGAGUGCUCAUAGGGGACCUUGCUCCCGCUUACUGCUCUAUCAGAGAGCUGGGCAUUUUGGAGAGAAUGAGGACGGUUGUCGCGCUGUUGGCAUUCAAAUCCAAGACUGGUCGCCUGCCUUCUUCGCAGGAGUUACUCCGAGCCAAGGGCGCGCCAGUGCCCUCCCAAGCCAAGCAGCAAGAGUUUGCGAAGGAAGAUCUCUCCAUCUCACCAUCUGCGGAAUCAAUACUGUCGAAAGAUGCCGAGGUCGCCGAGGUGACCAUCAUGAUGGAACAGGGGUGUCAUUGCUCAUCUCCACCGUCUCCUACGAGGUUCAUUGGGGAGUGCAUGGACUAUGCAGACCAAUGGGCAUUUUUCUUUAAGAAAGCCAUCUCUGAUUCUACAUACGCGGAUGGAAGGGCACACCGCCAGAAGAGGAUCAAAAGGCCACAAAGAUGA